GUGCGACUCCUCUCCCCGCAACAUCCACAACGCUUUACGACAUACUAGUGUGAUUCCCUGCCGACGUCUAUCCGCAAGACCACAUCCUACGUUCAUACCAGAAGCGGCACCAUCGAUGGCCAGCGAAAGAUCAGCAGCAGCUGAUAAUAACAUGAGCGAACAGCGCUCACCGGAACCGGCUCCCAAAGCCGGCAACAAGCAGGAGCAGAGUACAUCGGAGAAGGGUUCUUCGAAAGGGAAGUCAUCAAAACCUCGACAUAGGGCGUCAGUCGCUUGCGCAUCCUGCCGAGACCGCCGGAUACGGUGUGUAGUACCUCCCGGUGAAAAAGAGUGUACACAGUGUAAACGGUCAGGUGUGGAAUGCGUCAUCAAGAACGACGACGAACGACGACGACCUAUUUCGAGGGCAUACAUGUGCUCUCUCACUGACCGUGUAGCACUACUGGAAACGAUGCUGAAGGAACGAGGCGAAGAGUUACCCCCAGCGAAUCAUCCUCCCAAGACCCGUCAUAACCCUCAACCCGACGAAGAAGGAACAUCGCCCAACCGGAAAGCAGGCGAAAACCAAGCGAACAACCACGAAAACAACUCCAGUCCAGGCAGUCAACCAAGUCCCCAAGACGACUAUCCUGAUUACGAGCAGCAUGAGAUGAACACGGACAGCCCUCGCUUCUCAAAUGGUGAUGCAGAAAGCGCCGGCUCGCCAUCUAUGCUACCACCUCCAAAGAAAGAUGGCAUGGUCAAUCGUCUCCUCUCUACUCGUGGUCAUCUCAGCUUUGAUCAGCUAAACGGCCGCCUCCGUUACUUUGGUCCAACAACAAACUGCCACGUACACUCUGAGUCGGUGAACCCCUUCGGCACAACACAAGAGAUGAAUGAGCAAGCUCGACGCGCCGACAAGAUCAUACGCUCGCUUCCACUGGAGACAUACGAUUACCUCAUGGAUCUGUUCUGGCAAUGUUACAAUCCCGUCAUCCAUGUUUUACAUCAGGAUGCUUUCAAUGAAGACCGCGAGAUGGGUCACACACAGUUCUACUCUGGGUUCUUGCAUGUUUGCGUUCUGGCUAUGGGCUACCGUUUUGCGAAUAAAGAAAGACUCGACAUCAGAAGAAUCGGCUUGCCGGGCAUGGAGAGCACGUUGCAUCGCGAAGCAAAGUACAUGCUUGACCAUGAGCUGGAACGGCCAGGCGGAAUACCCAGCGUAGUCGCAUUACUCCUGCUAGGCGACCUCGAGUGCGGCGUUGGUAGAGAUAACCUGGGCUGGAUGUACGGCGGAAUGGCUGUGCGACUUGCUUUCGAUAUCGGUCUCCAUCUCGAUACACGACUCUCAGGUCUUCCAGAACGCGAGGUCGAGAUCCGCCAAAUGACUCUUUGGGCAUGCGUAAUCUACGACAAAUACUGGGCACUUUUCUUAGGCCGUCCGACAUCGAUGAAACCUUCUGACCUUGAAAUAUACAACCUGACAAAGCAAUUUGAACGCCUUGGUACCUGCCGUCCGGCUGGGCUGGGCAAGAGCAUGGAGACUAUGAUCUACGAAGCGCUUCUCGAUCUCAUGGAGCUCGCUGGUAAGAUCACAGAAAAUAUGGAUCCGCACCGCUCGCAGAACGCUGCACCCGACUCUCACACCGCCGUGGAUCGGAAUCAAUAUAUGCGCAUGGCAGCGCUAGACCGCGAGUUCAGUAGCUGGUAUGCCAGAUUGCCCGAGCAAUUGCGCUGGACACCAGCCAAUAUUGCGACGGCUCCAUUUUCGUUCUUCCUGUUGCACCAGCAGUAUCACGCCAGUCUAAUCCUGCUACAUCGGCCCUUCGCAUUGUAUGAAGACCAAGCAGGCAACGAGAGUGGACCUGACGACCAUUUCUCCGCGUUGAGUAGGACGGUAUGCACCAAGCACGCCAUUCGCGUAGCGAGGAUAUACUGGCAACAUCGACAGCGAUUCGAUACGAAGCAAAUUUUCGUAACAGGAAUGCAACAUGCGGGCACAGCGGCGACCGCCCUUGUAGCGGCCUUGGCGUUCAUAAAAGACCCCACAUCCAGAGCCAACAAUAUGCAGUACCUCGAAUGUCUGUCCGCCGCUCUCUCGGACAUGGCAUCUACCUACCAGCCCGCAGAACGAAUGUCUACCGUACUCCGUGCGGUAAUGGUGGAGCUACGCGGCGGCCCCGAACCCCCCAACUCUUCGUUCAACCUGUACAAGCCCGCAUCCUCCACGGUACCCGCGCGAAGAGGUAGCACGAUAGACAUGGACGCCGACAUGAACGACAACCAGCAAUGGGCCAAGAAAAGGCAGACUAGCCGCGGAAGACCUAGAGCAGGUACAGGCGGGAACAGGAAGACGCGAACAAUGAGUAUGAGUACCACCAUGAGUAUGCCGUCUGAUCAAGGGAGACAUGGGCUCAGCAUCAAAGCUCCCCCGCCACCUCGCUUCGACGACCCAGUUCAAAACAACGAUGGAUAUGUAUUGGUGACGCCGCGUUCGGAACUCGGCAGUGUCGGCUGGCCCAGCAUAUCGGAACCUCCUGAGCUCUCUCACAACAUGUCUACGCCCUCUACCACCCUUUCCUCUUCCCACAUGAACCGUAACUCCGGGGCCUGGAUGGGCGCAGACUUCGAUCCUCAUGAUCCGAUUUCGCAACUUGCUAAUGCGCAUUUCCCCGAGUUGAGCGCAUUUGAUGAUCUUGGUACGGGUGGUAGCAGUGGUGUCAGCGGUGGCGCGGUUGAUGGAGUGAAUUUGGAUUUCAUGCCACUGGGAGAUGGAAAUGAAUGGAGUUUGCCCAAGGAAUGGAAUGGGCCGAGCGAUUUGGAUGGGUUGAGUGCUUUUGAUAUGUAGUGUGUGCUUACGCGCCGUCAA